AUGUCUAAUUCAAAUGAGGAAUCUUCUGCGGUGACUUAUACCUGUCAGACUUGCCGCACACGAAAUCCAUCGCGAACCAGAUGUGUUCAAUGCCAAGCAGGGUUUAGCGAAGAUUCAGAAACUCGCCAAGAAAAUGAUCAACAAAUAACAUUAGUACAUCAAUUUCAAAAUCUUUUUACAGAUGAUUUUGAUCCACAAUCAUUCGCAAAUACUCUAUUGCCAAUGUUAAUACAACCACCCCAUCAGCAAUUUCGUUCGCGUCGUAAGCGACCACCUCGACGCAUUAAGCGCAUUGCUCGUCCAUUUCGAAAUUUAACCCCUCUCAAUUUGCCACCUUUACAAGUUCGUCAUAAUCCAACAUCUUCCAUACCGAUUCUAAAUAUCAACGAAUUUGUACCCGGACAAAUAUUGACGGCUCAAUCCCAACCGAAUGUACCGUUAAUUCAAAUCCCAUUGCAACUGUUUAUCUUCGAUCCGAAUAUGGAAAAUUUGGGUACACGAAUUUUUCGCGAAGACAACCAACUCCGACCGCUUUCUCAAGAAAAUAUCGAUCAAUUACCUGUUCUGACAAUGACUACGUCGAGCCUGACGGUGAACCCGGCAUGCUCCAUAUGUCUGGAAAAUUUCGAUUUGCUCAUGCAAGUCAAACAAUUACCAAUCUGCCAUCAUAUAUUCCAUUGCAAUUGCUUAACCGAAUGGCUUCUUCAACAUUCAACUUGUCCCAUGUGUCGAGCGAAUGUUUUAUCGCAUCGAUCCACGUUCCCGUCAGUUACUAAUGAUUACCGGAUGGAACAAUUCUUUGUAGACACAUUGGAACAACAACCGAGAAUUACAAUCGCUCCGAAUCCACCAGUAAAAACAAUUGAUCUGUCUCGAAUCUCACCGGAGACAGCAGCCCCCUAUCAACAAACAUUAUCUAAUACUCUUCAACUACCACGUUUCGAUUCAUCGACAAACAGAGAAUGA